AUGUCGUAUAGAUGGCUGGACGAAGAUAGCACGAUAUCUUUGGAUUACAAGGCCAAUCAGAAGACGCCAUUUUACGAGCCGAUCGUAAAUACGUUCCAGGAUGGCGGAUAUAACCCGAACGUGUCAUAUCAUUUCAAUCCUGAUGUGUCACAAUAUCAUUACGGAGUGCGACACCCAAUGAAACCGUUCCGGUUAAUGUUGACAGAUCAUCUUGUGCUAGCUUACAAAUUGUACGAGAAAAUGGACGUGUAUCACUCGCAUAGAGCGUCGCGAGAAGAGCUUUUGGAGUUCCAUUCGGACGAUUACAUCAAAUUCCUCGAGUCGGUGACUCCAGAUAACGUCAAAAAAUAUAGUCAGUACCUCAAACAGUUCAACAUCGGAGACGAUUGUCCCGUUUUUGAGGGCAUGUACGAUUACAGUCAGAUAUACGCCGGGGCUUCGUUGGAUGCCUCGCGCAAGCUUAUAUCUGGAAUGAGCGAUAUUGCAAUUAAUUGGUCGGGUGGCUUGCACCACGCCAAAAAAUACGAGCCGAGCGGGUUCUGUUACGUGAAUGAUAUUGUUCUUGCGAUAUUGAACAUGUUGACCGUUCACCCUCGUGUUUUGUACAUUGAUAUCGAUCUUCACCACGGAGACGGUGUCCAGGAGGCAUUCUACCUAACAGACAGAGUGAUGACAGUAUCUUUCCACAAAUACAACGGUGAAUUUUUCCCUGGAACGGGAAACCACGACGAGGUCGGACUCGGAAAGGGAAAACACUUUGCGCUUAACAUUCCAUUACAGGACGGUAUUGACGACGAGUCAUAUAUCCGUUUGUUCAAGUCUGUGAUGGAGCCUGUGAUUACUAAUUACAAACCGACCGCGAUUGUUCAGCAGUGUGGAGCAGAUUCGCUGGGAUACGACAGACUGGGCUGUUUCAACCUUAACAUUGCAGCCCAUGGAGAGUGCGUCAAGUUCAUCAAGAGUUUUGGACUCCCUAUGCUCGUUCUGGGGGGCGGAGGAUAUACGCCGAGAAACGUGAGUCGGUUGUGGUGUUACGAGACAAGUAUCAUGACCAACGUGAAGCUGAACUCCAAACUACCGGAGACGCUGCCGUUCCGCAAUUUUUUCCAGCCAGACUACUCUUUGCAUCCAAACUUGGGUGAUCGCCUAGACAACAAGAACUCCAAGCGGUAUCUGGAGAAUCUCCGGAACCAACUGCUGGAACACCUGCGAUUUUUGCGGGGUGCUCCGUCGGUGGCCAUGAACGAGAUCCCGCCCGAUAUCCAGAACAUGUCCACGGACGAGGAACAGGCCAUUUUGGACAAACUCAACAAGGAGUCCGAGUACGACGAGUAUUUGGAGAGCGAAAGACAAAAGAUGAACGACAAGGACCAGGCGCGAACAAACGAGCAAGAGGAAUGA